AUGAGGCAGCCUUUGACUAACAAAGCAGUGAAAGAAGACAUAAGAUACCAGCUGAGGUCAGACUGGUGUGACCAUAAAAGCUUGGCCCUAAUGAACAGUCUUAGGCCGCUAGUGUCGGAUGCGCACAAUACUAUGGUAGAGAUUUUUAGCAUGGGGGAGUAUCUUGGUUACCUGGGAGCUAUCUACGGGUUAGUCUUAGAAAGCAAUCUAACAUUUUUAGCUCAACAGCAUGAAUUUUUAAGCCAGAAGCAUACUCUAACUACAACUCCCUUUCAUCAUAAUGUGGUAGGUUAUACGAAAUUGCCACUAGCGGCUGCUGGAGUCAAAACCUUCAGCUUCAACUGUGAAGUAGAAGGCUUCUUCUGCAGCGCAGGCAGCAGAUCUAUAGGGGUCGAAUAUCUGCCUGAUGAAGAAAUAAUGGCCUUGCAAGAUGUGGCAUGGGCAGGAAAGUUGGAAGCUGCUUUGUUGAACGGUAUGGACAGCACUAGGGACUACAGAUCAGCUAACAUAGCCACUCUGGUUCCUAUUUUGGUUUUGAACGGGAUACGGCCUGUCAACAAAGAUGAUGAAGAGGCGAAUGACGUUUGGUGA